GACAGCUGAGCGGAGCCGCAGAUGAACUUUAUCCUCCCGCUUCUGAGCGCUUCUUCUCCGGCUAACCGCAGCGAGUCCGACCGCUGCUCCUCCGGCUCGUCCCCGGAUCAUCUGCGACCGGGUGCGAGCGCUGCUGCCCGGCCUCCUGCCUCCUGUCCCCGGGGAAACUUUCCUGUCGUCUCCGGGUGCUGCUGGAGAUUAGCCGAGCCGAGCCGAGCCAGGCUAACUGCAGGUGGUUUGAGGUUCACAUGCCCACGGGAGAAAGAGGAGGAGGAAAUGGACUGAAUGUGAGAGUCACAGCAGAGGGGAUGGAGAGCAUAGUGUACUGAUGUACAAGGACUGACAAACCAACAGGAAGUAAAGAAACUAAGACGCAGGAUCCAGGAUGACGAGCGCAGCCCCUGCCAGGAAGCCGUAUCGUAAGGCUCCACCACAGCACCGCGAGACCCGCCAUACAAUGCCCGUCGCUCCACCCCCACCUGUGCCGCAGCCCGACAUCAAUCAGGAGGCGUUAACAGACGCUGACAGGAUCAGAAUCCUCCAACAGCAGAAUGAGGACCUGCGGCACCGCCUUUCUCUCUCCACCCACAAGAUGGAGGCCAUGGAGGCGGAGUUUGAUGGCAACCGUCAUUAUAUGGAGGCGGAGCUAAGCCGGACCAGAGACGACUUGGAUAAGAUGAGGGACAAGUUCCGCAGACUCCAGAACAGCUACACAGCGUCUCAGAGAACCAAUCAGGAUCUGGAGGAGAAGCUUCACGCUCUGCUGCGGAAGGUGGAGCGGGACAAGAAGACGAUGGACCAGGAGAUCGUGGAGCUCACCAACAAACUGCUGGACGCCAAGAACACCAUCGACCGGCUGGAGGAGCUGAACGAGCGAUAUCGACACGACUGUAAUUUGGCCGUUCAGCUGCUCAAGUGCAACAAGUCGCAUUUCAGGAACCACAAGUUCGCUGAUCUGCCCUCCGAGCUUCAGGACAUGUUGAACAAACACAUGAAGACCCUGUCGGGGGGGGUCUCGGGCGACCCGGACACGCUCAGUCUGACGCCCGCCGACGUGGUGCCGACCUCCGUCAUCGCCCGGGUCCUGGAGAAACCCGAGCCGCUGGUCCUGAACUCCGCCCAGUCCAGCAGCUGCGGGCGACCCGUUGCUGAGGACGUCUUUGUGCACGUGGACAUGACGGGCCCGGGGGGGGCCGAGGGGCGGAGCCGGGACAGCGGCGCUGCUCAGGAAGCGUUGCCGCACAACGGGUCCUGUCGCAGUCAGAGCAGUCUGGAUGGGCAGUUGGGGGGUGAGGAGGGAGGCGGGGCUCCGUCUUUCGAGAAGCUGAACCCGUACCCGGCGCCGCCACACCCCCACCCGCUGUACCCCGGCCGCAAGGUCAUCGAGUUCACCUCAGACGAUAAAGUAAAGAUCCCCAAAAACUCGCCACUUCCCAACUGCACCUACGCCACAAGGCAGGCGAUCUCCAUGAGCCUCGUCCAGAACGAUGACGAGCGUUUGGCGCCCAGCAGCCCCGCCGCCUCCUUGGCUGGGGGGGGCGGAGCCAACCAGCACACGCCACCUUCACAGCGGGAUGUCGCCAGCGAGCCUCUGUCCAGCCAGUCCAGCCCCUUCAGCAGCCCACCACAGGCGCUCAGCGUGAUGGCGAGCUCCGGCAGCUCGGAGGAGGAUCUUCUGUCCAACUGGCAGAGGAUGUUCGUGGAGAAGAUGGCGCCGACUUGCGACAACUCUCUGGUCCACCGCACGUCGUUCAGCAGUCAGAUGGCUAAGGAGCUGCAGAGGAGGAGUCAGGCGGGAGGGGGCGGGGCCUCCUUCGACCACCACAGGACGGCGUACUCAGAUGGCGAGGAGGGAUCCUCCGCGAGGAGCUGGACGCCGAGCCGCGGCUCCAGCCUCGACACCGACACCGACACCGAGCCGCGGCCGGGCCGGAGGGCGCGCUACGGGGGGGGCGGCUCGGUGGAGGAGGGCGAGACGCUGCUGAUGAACCUGGAGGACGACGGCGGCAGCGGGGACACGGCGGUCACCGUGGCGUCCAGCCCCGUCAACGCCCACAGGAAAGAGGAGGAGGAGAGCUCGGCCGAGGAGAGAGACGUCCUCGCCCACGAGCUGCCUGUCAUCUCGCCCCCCCGCCCUCUGGAGUACGACCCCCCCCCCGCCAGUACCGGCCCCUCCCACCGGCCUCAGAAGAGUCCGAAGAGGAUGGGCGUGCACCACCUGCACCGCAAGGACAGCCUGACCCGAGCCCAGGAGCAAGGCACGCUGCUGGACUGACCCUCGCUCGCCCCUCUCUCCCCGAGCUGAUGUCUGUCUCCAUGGCAACUGACCAGGAUAUAGCCAUACCAUGCGUGUGCGUGUGACACGUUGUGUAGCUUCAACGAACGAGACAAAAGUCUGUGGACGGCAAACAAUUCAAGUUAUAGCAACAACACUUUUACUUUCAAAUUAUUAACCCUAAUUAUUAAUAUUUAAUCAGAUUAAUCUCAGGGUGGCUGUGAUUAUUCUGAUUAAUCCCCAUUUCUAAAUGCUCUGUAUAUUGUUGUAAGAACCUUCGUCCUAAACAAGCCUUUGCUUUUUCUUAGCAAAUAUAAGACGGUCAAAUAAACCUUUUUACUUUUCUUUUUUAAAUCAAACAAACUUUAAACAAUUACAGCCUAAAGAAAAUAAUCCCAAAAAGUCCAAUUCCUCAAAUUUUUUUUACAAAUGCAUUUUAUUAUUAUAUUGUUUUUAAACUGAGCGUCCACAUACUUUUGUCCAGGUAGUUUAACUUGAUCACAUGUUCAUGGAAAUGUUGCUCUGCUGUCCAAAUACUAUCGGACACCUUUUGUACUUUUGUGAAUCUACGUAGAAUAUCUACGAUACAAACAAGGCGUGUGAGAGAGAGAGAGAGAGAGAGAGAAACUUCUCGGACGUCUUUGCCUUGUUUCCUGUUUCCUGACCAGGAGCUUUUAUUUUGAAGAUACAAAUGACAGAGUCUCAGUGCCUAUCUCUCUC